AUGGCUGACAGGGGUAAGUUUGAACAACUGGAAGAAUAUAUUGAGAGCACAAUCGACCAUUGUCGGGAGGCCGGAAUAAUAGUUUGUGAUUAUCAGCCUGGCGUGGCGUUUCACAAAAAGAUCAAUGAUCUGGUUUAUAAAUUGCAGGUAACUCCUGUUAAUCGGCUUUUGACCGUUUCCGAAUGUCUACGAAUUCAGUAUUUUUUAAAAGUAUUGUGUGUCCUGCACACAUUGGCCGUUAGGCUUUUUUUCAACACACUUCUUCAUUUCUGGCAGUUCUUGGCUGACUAUUAUCAUUUAAGCAUGACCAUUGGCUUACAAUAGUAUACCAACUAUUUUCUCGUUUCGAAUGUAGUCGGAGGCAACUAAAGCUAGCUAAAGCCAUAUAUGGCUUUAGUUGCCCCUGACUGCAUUUUACUCGCAUGACUAGUUGGUGUGCUAUCCGCUCGAUACAUGUAUAUCAAAACCCCUAUAUACCCUAAAUCCAGGCGAUAUGCUCUUGCGCAAGAGUAAAUCGCCCUGAUUUGGGAGAUUUUUGAUAUGCGUGUAUCGAGUGCAUCACAUUUCUGUCCGGUGGAUAUAUAUCGAGUAGAUAUCGAAUUCUCGAUAUAUUCGAAAAACGGCGGUAGCUGCAUGCUUAUCAAUUUAGACGACCCCUUUUCCCACGGAAAUAGUACCGUUUUAUACUUAUCGACAUGUAUUGUUUCUGUCACCCCUUCCCGUCCUCGCUCACCAUCUGCGGCAGUCUCAUUUUGGACGAUAAACGUACGAAAUAGCGCAAAGUACCCACUACACUUUGAUGCCGUAUGAAUUGGUAGAUGUAUAUUUAAAAAAUAGAAAACUAGAUAUGUAAGUUAAUAUGUAUAGUGUCAUACGUCCAUAUCGGUGCUAUCCGUUGUGGAAUUGGACGUGUCGCCUGUGGAAUGUCCCGGUAUGGGAUCUACGUUUAAGAGUAGUGGAUGAUUGGUCAUUGAGGAACACAUACCGCUCACUCUAGUCGUGUUUUUAGUUUUUUGCGCUUUCUUCGAUAGUGUCCAGUGACCGUUUAAGUCGUUUUGUAAUGAAAGACUCCAGACCGGCAGUGGUCACCUUUCCGUCUCCAUUUCAAAUCUUAAGAAGCUGUCAGCAUUAAUGCACUUGUACUCCUGCAUUUAUGCUUGCACUACUUGGCUGCCCACACGUGUUAUUUUGCCAGCCUAGACACCCGCAACGUCGUAUUCUGGUAUGUUCCAAGUUCUGUGCGCGAAGACCGAACUCUUUGUGAUCGCCAGGUUGGCACGUCCGCUCUUUAUUACGAGAUAAUGUGGACCCUAGACCCAACUUCUUCGUUUACCUACUAUUCACUUGCUUUGGAAUAAGCAACUUGUUUAGGAGCUCGUUUUGAUAAAGACUGUCGUUAUAUAUGAACUAGUUUGCUGACUUUUGACUGCUCCUAUUUGGAGUCGCCUGCGGUCGGCGGUUAUUAUUCGCUUUACGGUCUUCUCGCACUAGUCAAAGCAACAUUUCCAGGAGUCCUCCGUUUGGAAAUGCUCUUUCUCAUGGAGCCGCCGUAAAAUAGGCUGAAUUUGACCAUUGUCCCGUGUCUGGUGCUCUCCCGCCCGACUGAGUACCACGAAUGUAUCAUAGGAUUUUCGGGACGCACAGGACGCGCCAAAUACAAGGAAUAGGUGGUGCUCAUUAUUUUCCCAACAUUUUCCGAUCACCUACUAUAAGAAUUCGGACACUUCUUGCAGUAUAGCAACCUUUGGCGGUGUUUUAUUUUUUGAAACGUUCGCAUUUGGUCUCAGCUUACAAGAUUCAGUGUUUUGUGCAUAAUAGAGCCAGAAUUUAAAACAAAAAGCUUUUCUCCUCCGGACACACUGUCCUGUCCACAAAGUAUGAUAUCUAGGCAGAAUGUUAUUACUGAAAAAGACAAGGGAGACUGGGAUGGCCAUUUCUGGCUUAUUAGCCGUCGUCAGCCAGUCAUACCCAACGAGUGAGUUCCGUAAGAACGGUCGGUGAGUGACCCUCUACCAUUGUAUAUUCUUGAUCGAAACCGACAGGACAACGGGCCCGUGGUCCGCUGGUUGGAGGCGUGGACUUCUAACUAACAGGUCGCGAGUUCCAGCCCCAGGUGUUCCACACUUCGGGGUUGGGUAUGACUGGCUGACGGCGGCUAAUAAGCCAGAAAUGACCGUUUCAGUCUCCCUUGUGUUUGUCGGUAAUAACAUUCUGCCUGCAUAUCAUGCGCCGCCGUGCGGCUGCUGGUUGGGCUCGAGAGAGAGCCCAUGAAGGCACAACGGAACGAGUGAGUCCCGUAAGAACGAUCGGUGAGCGCCCCUAUACAAUAGUAUGAUAUCUGUUGCACAGCUCAAGACUAUUCAUGCGAACGACCUUGUUGGACGCGGGCCAUGACGGCGAUGCGUUCACUCUAAUCUGCAGAGACGUGCUUGGGAAAAAAAUACGCCGCCGACCUAGCCCUAUCUGAACCAUAUUUUGAAUUUGCUCAUGCAAUUCUUAUCGAACACGCAUAUGCGCACUUCUAAAAAGAUUUCCGGCUACGUUCGUCAUCAUGAAAACUGAAAUCCGGAAAUUUUCAAAGCCCUCGUUUUAUAUUUGCCAUGCAUCUGCCAGUUAUGUACCGAUUGAUGAUGCUUCAGACUUUCCUGUCCCUCGUUCUUCACGGUAGUCAAACGUCCAUUUUACGCUCCAAAAGAUGAUCACCGAGUAUUCCGAAGGCGUCGCAAGGACAUUAGUUCUACCCAAACGUAGUCGGAAAUACCUGUGUAAAUCGCCCCGUCGGUACUGAUGUAAAUAUGUCGUCGGAGAGUUCCCACAGAGUAGGCAGGUGCAGGUUGCAUUGACCGUUUUUAUCGUGCGAUUACCUUCUGAACAUCUGUUCUUCAUGUGGCCUGUACCCGUUACCAUUGGACUCCCAACUUGAUCUGUCGAUUAUCUGAGACACCCGGUUCGUUUUUCAUCUUGGCCAUAGAGUAUCUGAAACUCGGAGCAUUCUACGCCAUAUCAGAAGCUUUGCUCUCUAGCCAGUCCUCAAUAGUGUGUAACAGUAGCGUGAUUGUCGUCAGGAAUGCCCAGCCGCCCGUCUUUUGAUUUCCUAGGCUAUAACGCAUCUAAAAAUGCAUUCUGGACGCUGUUUUAACGCUAUUUAUGGGCAGUGAGCAGAACAAUAUGGUACUUCUGCAUUGUGUCGCCUUGUCAUUGUAAGUUUGGACUUGUGCGCGCGAUUCUAGAGCGCUCAUUUCCAAACUGACACCUGAUGGUGUUGCAAACAAUCCUCUCCCUGCGAGCACUAUUGAGUGAAGGGACGAACCACUACUAUCACCUUAUAACCGAUCCUGGAGCUGGCCACCACCAAGAUACCUCGAGAACUGCAUUGGACGCCAACGGUCGGACGGGCCCGGAAGGGCCAGUCAGUAGUAAAUUAAUCACUGAGCUCCCUUACCGUUUCGCCGAUGGCAUUUCUUCCUCCUAUCGAUCGACUGAUAAGUUGGAACGUCCUUCAUUUUACCAACUUGCCGACUAUCACAUGCAACAGAUUACUUCUUGCCAGGGUGCUUGCGAUCCUCUUUGACAAAAUCAGAUUUUCCGACCUUAAGGCUUCGAGAUUAACUUCUCCCUCUGAAACAGUGUGGAAGUAACAGUGGGGUAGUGACAGAGUUGUAAUGUUGUUGAUCGAAUUCUGAGUGUUCCGUCUGCUCAGGCUUUAUGGUACAUACAAAUUUCGUCGAUUUUCCAGACAGAGGAGAAUCAGGGCGAUUCUUCCCGUAGACCAGGGAGAACCUUGUACGUGGCACGGCUGUAAUCCCGGCUGGUCCAGCCGGCGGCGAUGUCGAGGAUUUUACUGGUGAUAGCAGAUCUGAAGAAUUCGACUCACUCUCCCCUAGAAACGGGAAUCGAGUACUGAGGAGCCAAAACCAACCUUGAGUCGACUUUUUUAUGCGGUGGCAUCUGAUCGAAGGUAAUACUGAAUCCAUGGAGUGGGUGACGAACUUUCCGAAACCAUGUAAACGAUCUUUUAGAUGACUUAAGAUACCUUCAAGACGUAGUAGAGUCGGGAUACUCCAUCCUAAGGAUGGUUCUGAGGCAAAAUUGGUGAAACCUCCAGUUUUCGCUCGUUUUUCGCGUGCAUAGUUCAACAACUGUUCUGGACCGACCAGACAAAUGCCACUACAUGCAUGAAUGAGGUGUCCCGGAAGCUAUUUCACCGGAAUCGUGCCUCUGUCCGACCUGCCGUUUACAGCGGAUUUUGUGUACUCAGAACACCUAGUUGUUAAGUCUGACAGUGGACAUUUACGACAGCAAUCGAAAGCUAAUCGGCUUAUUACCUUAAAACGCAUUUCCUUCCUUAACAGCCGAUUGCCAUUUUGUCCUUAAACAUCAGGUGUAAGACCCAGCCCCCUCUCUAAAUCUUUUUUCCUUAUUGGGUCGUAGAAUAAUUCCCUUUUACGAACUCAAGGCCUUUUUUCCUGUUCAGGAUGUCGACCGCAUGCAACAGGAUAUGCAGGAUGUCCACGUUCCGAUUGAGGUGUUCUCAAAGAUAGAUGCUGGCGAGAACCCGCAAAUCUAUACACGCGAGUGCAUGGAGCGUGCUAUUGCACGGAAUGAGGCAGUCCGGGGUAAACUGGAAAGCCUUCGUCGCUUUCGUGCUCUGCUUAUGGCCGAACUGUCGAAGAAGUUCCCUAACGAGAUGGCCAAGUAUCGCUCUGUGCGGGGGGACCCUGAAGCACCGACUUUUCCCUCAAGCGCCAACAAUUCAGUUGAAAAUAUGCAGAACACUGGCUCCGGUUCCGAUACAGGCCAUGAUUCCAUCCCACCACGGUGA